UCGUCUGUCUGACAGAAGGCACGGAAAUGUGGAUGACACUCGUGUUCAUUUUGGCCGCCGUAUCGGCGGCACCUCAGCAGCGCCGGCGGCCAGCCACGCAAGUCCCGAUCUUGGCCGACGAUAGAAUUCACCCCGACGAGCGGGGCAACUACGCCUUCAGGUACGCGACGGGCGACGGCUCCUACCACGUGCAGCAGGGCGCUGCCUUCAACGACGGCGUCAACAGAGUGCGCGGCAGCUACUCGUACACGUCACCAGAAGGGAAGCUCGUGCAAGUAUCCUACAUCGCGGAUGAGAACGGCUUCCGUAUCGUCAAGGAUAACAAACUCCAGCCAGUCCCCUCACCCCUUCCUGAGCGAGGUGCGGGCGACGAGCACAACAGGUUCGGGCCCGUGUCCCGCUUUGCCAGCGAGCGGCCCGGGUAACGGCGGACCGUUAACGGUCUCAAAUGUACAUUUAACGGCCCGAAUAAACCUUCAACGUCCCAAAUAGACCUUCAAAGUCCCAAAAAGAUUUCUAACCUCUUAAAUAAACCUAUCACCUCUCAAAUAAACUUUUAACAUCCAGAAUAGAACUUUAACGCCACAAAUAGACCUUCAACGUCCCAAAUAUAGACUUCUAACCUCUUUAAUAGACCUUUAACCUCUCAAAUAAACUCGUAACAUCCAGAAUAGAACUUUGACGUCCCAAAUUGAGCUUCAACGUCUCAACAAAACUUUCAACGUCGCGCAUCGACAGUUAAUUGUACAUCAAUGCCAUGUGAAUGUUUGGUCAAAACUCUCGUGUACAAAAUUUAAUGAAUUGGUGUAUGCACUUGCAGGCAUAAGCAAUGUGAGGGAUUGCAUCGAAUUCGAGUUCAUUGUUUACAAUACGCCGCAAAAAUCCGCGAGAUAUGGUGCGAUAUACCUUAUAUCCAAUAGUACGUUAAACCGUAUUUUCGAUGGUGCUGUAUGUCUCAUUUCUAUUGGUAUGAUAUACCUCUUUUUUAUUGGUAGGGCAUACUAUAUUUCUAAAUAUUGCGGUAUGCAAUAUUUCCAAUUGUACGAUACACCGUAUUACCAUUAGUAUACGGCAUCAAUAUACAUGCAGUAUUUACAAUGGUACGAUAUACCGUAUUUCUGUCUGUACCGUAUACCGUACUUCCAUUGGUACAGUUUACCGUAUGAUGAUAUAUCUGAAUAUAAACAAUGAUAUAACCCAUGUAAUUAAAUAAUUGUGCAGUUUUACGUAAAAUGCAGUUUUAUAUCAUCUUC